ACCGCGCGCUCUCGAGAUGGACUUGAUGGAGAGGGAGGUCACGGACAAGCUGGAAGACAUGGCAUCCGUGUACGACUUCGACCCCAUCACCGGCAACAUACCCGCCACCAAGGUGGAAGUCACCGUCUCCUGCAGAAAUCUUCUGGAUAAAGACACAUUCUCCAAGUCAGAUCCAUUGUGUGUCCUCUAUACACAAGGUGUGGAAACCAAACAGUGGAGAGAGUUUGGCAGGACUGAAGUGAUAGACAAUACCCUGAACCCCGAUUUUGUUCGGAAGUACAUCUUGGACUACUUUUUUGAAGAAAAGCAGAGCCUUCGGUUUGACUUGUAUGAUGUUGACUCCAAAAGUCCAGACUUGUCCAAACAUGACUUUUUGGGUCAGAUGUUCUGUACUCUCGGGGAGAUUGUUGGAUCACCAGCCAGUCGACUGGAAAAACCUCUUGGGUGA